AAUUAUGAGCUGCAAGCCUGCAAUAAAAGCACUCGUAUUCUCCAAGCUUUUCCUCUCAUCCUCUGCCCGUCUAGCUGCAUUUUUUGUAUCUUACUCAGUAAGCUAUCUCUGUUGUAGUGGAGAAGAGGGGAGCCAAAUUCAUUGUAACGGGAUAUAGUCUGGAAAAUAGCAACAGCCAUGACAACCCGGGCUAAUCAACUCAUGCAAGAUCAGAAUAUCAUCGACCUUCACUGUGAUGGACCAUCUAUUGGGACAAACACUAAUAACAGCAGUAUCUCCAAAGAUCAAAAGAAGGGAGGAGGAAUGGCUGGUGCCAGAAGAAGAGCACUUAAUGAUAUAUCAAACGCUGCAACACCUUCUGCACUUCAGGCAUCAUCAAGGAAAACAGCCACCACCAACCCCUCAGUUGUGGGGAAAGAUGUUGAAGAUUCAAAAAAGAAGAAGCAAGUUGGUGGCAGGAAGGCUCUGGGAGAUCUGACCAACUCUACAAAGCUGCUGCCAUCUAAGCCGCAAGUGCAUAAGAAAAGGUAUGAUGAGAAAAUGAUCUCUGUAGCUGAGGAAGGGUUUCUGCACAAUCACAACAAGUGCAUCCAAGAACAAAAGAAGGCCAUGGACAUGAGCUGCUGCUUUCUUAAGGAAGCUAAUGAUUCAUCAAAACUAGUAUUACUCACUCCACGUGCUUAUCCACCCUCACUGAGGUCAAAGGGUGAAGGAGUUAAGAACUUGGAAUUCGAAGAACUGCCAGAGUUGCAGCUGACUCCUUUGCACAAUAGCACACCUGUUUGUGGGGAGUCACCAAUGUCUCCAAAGGCGCUGCCACUGGGCAUGAGCUGGGGGGAAGAUGUUCCAGAGUUCUCACUGAUUGAAACUCCAAUGCUCCCAAAGAAAAGUGUUGAAUGAAUGCCCUGCUGCAGAUUGUUGUCUAAUUAGCAGCAUAUACAUAAAUUUGUCGUCUCAAGCUUUCAGUAGCUUUUAGUGGUUCAGUUUGCUAAGAAGUGGUGUGGUACUUGUGGUUAAAUUUAACUUUGGUAGUUAAAUUUGAAUCCAGAUUUUCUAUGCUAGUGGUGUGGUGCUAAGAAGAAACAUCCUCAUCUUUUUGGCUUGUUAUGUAGUAUGUUAUAUGGGAGUAUGCUUUAACUUUAACUUUGCCAAUCCGUCACAUUUUUAAAGGUGAUAGAGGAUUAGUUGAAGUGUUCUUAUUGUGAAUGUAGAAUCCUAAGUUUUGUUAAAUAUAUGAUAUCUUGUGAAUGUAGGACUUGUCUAUACCGGGCUUUAUAUGCUAAUACCAUUUUGUGUGAAU